AUUCUCAGUAGGGAGGAAUAAAUAUGGCCGCCUUAAGUUUUCCGUAAAUUUUGGUGUGUAAUAUGUGACAAGUGUUUAAAAAGUGUUAUAAUUCGCAAAAGAUUUAAUAAUGUCCUUAGCUUAUAAGGAAUUAUUAUGAAUCUAAUAUUGUAACUAAAUUCAACAUGGGAGAUACGAAUGGUGGCAAUACUACUGCGGCUGCGGCGGAGUGCCGUCUUCGACAACUGGAAACCCUCUAUUUGGGAGGGCCUUUAACGGCUCAUGGACAAGCAUUCAGCAUAGAAACUCUAAUUGACGUAUUGCUAGUUUUGUAUGAUGAGUGUUCCAAUUCGAGUUUGAGGAAAGAAAAGACGGUGUCAGAUUUUUUGGAAUAUGUUAAACCAGUGGCAGGUUCAGCAAAAUCUCUACGUCUGACGCGAGAAGACUUCGAUGUAGUGAAAGUUAUCGGUAGAGGCGCUUUUGGAGAAGUAUGUGUUGUGAAACUUCGUGGUUCUGAAAAAGUAUUUGCCAUGAAAAUUUUAAAUAAAUGGGAAAUGUUGAAACGAGCGGAAACAGCGUGCUUUAAAGAGGAAAGAGAUGUAUUGGUAUAUGGAGAUCGCCGAUGGAUAACACAUCUACAUUAUGCGUUUCAGGAUGAUUCAAAUCUGUAUUUAGUAAUGGAUUACUACUGUGGUGGGGAUUUGUUAACUUUAUUAAGUAAAUUUGAAGAUCGUCUUCCAGAAGAUAUGGCUAGGUUUUAUAUUGCCGAAAUGGUUCUGGCCAUUGAUUCAAUACAUAGGCUUGGAUAUGUUCAUAGGGAUAUAAAACCAGAUAAUGUUUUAUUAGAUGCAAAUGGUCAUAUUAGAUUGGCUGAUUUCGGUAGUUGUUUGAAAUUAAACGAUGACGGUAUGGUGCAAUCAAAUGUAGCUGUAGGAACACCUGAUUAUAUAUCUCCAGAAAUAUUACGAGCAAUGGAAGAUGGUCAAGGUCGUUAUGGUCCAGAAUGCGAUUGGUGGUCUUUAGGUGUAUGUAUGUAUGAAAUGUUGUUUGGUGAAACUCCGUUUUAUGCAGAAAGUCUAGUCGAAACUUAUGGUAAAAUUAUGAAUCAUAAAAAUUGCUUUGAUUUUGCUAUGGACGUAGAUGUAUCAGAUCAUGCAAAAGAUCUUAUUAAACGAUUAAUAUGUAGUCAGGAGUUUAGGUUAGGACAAAAUGGUAUUGAAGAUUUUAAGAAACAUCCGUGGUUUGAAGGCUUAGAUUGGGAUGGAAUAAGAGACAGUAACGCGCCUUAUAUUCCGGAAGUAUCGAGCCCCACCGAUACGUCAAAUUUUGAUGUUGACGAUGCAGAUAUAAGACUUUCCGAUGCUCUUCCUCCUACAGCAAACAAUGCUUUUACAGGGUUGCAUUUGCCAUUUAUUGGGUUUACGUUUACUCAAGGGAGCUACAUCUGCGACUUGAGUAAUUUAUAUUCAUUUAUUUCUUCAACUGCAAAUUAUAUAAUGGAGAAACAGAAUCAGAAAAACGAUUUAAUAUCUUUAGGGAUGGUUUCAAAUCAGCAGCGACCAGAAAAAGAAGUGGAAAAACAGAGAAGUUCGCCGGACGGAACUAGAAAACUGCAGGAUGAAAUUAAUAUGCUGACGAAAAAGAACUGUGAAUUGGAAUCUCAAUUAAGAAGUUUGGAAGCAUCAGGUCAAUCGCGGGAUAUGCACAUAGAUUAUUUAGAUGGAACAGAAAACGGCAAAUUGAGAGAACUUGAAAAACUAGUUCGGGUUUUAAAACAAGAAAAGGAGGAAGCACAUAAAGAUAAACAAGAUUUACAAGAAAAACUUAAAUUUCAAGAUAAAGAAUUAAAGGAUGCUUUAGCUCAAAAGAAAUUAGCGAUGGCGGAAUACACUGAAGUUACGGAUAAACUGGCUGAAUUAAGGGCUCAGAAACAAAAGAUUUCUAGACAAGUUAGAGAUAAAGAAGAGGAAUUGGAGAACGUAAUGCAAAAAGUAGAUUCGCUGCGAAAUGAUAUAAGGAGAGCAGAAAAACUUAGAAGAGAACUAGAAUCCAGAGUGGAAGAAGUUCAAGCAGAAGCCAUAAAGGAAAGGAAAUUGAGAGAACGAUCUGAAGAAUACUGUAGGCAGAUGCAGGCUGAGUCAGAUAGGUUAAGAGUUAGAAGUGAACACAGUCCAAGAGAUCAACAGGAUUCCCUGAGGUUACAAGCUGAACUGGAAAAACUAGAGGUUCAGUAUAAUGAUAGUUUAACACAACAGCAAGCUAGAUACAAUUUGGAAUUAGCUACUCUAAGAGAACAACUUCAGGAAGCAGAAUCACACAGAGAUAUUUUAGAAAGAGAGCUUAAGUCCUUGAAAGACAAAUGGGAGAAAUCCAAACUUGAUGCUAUUGCUGACACUGAGCAAACAUUAGCAGACUUGAGUAGGCGGCAUGAAAGAGAUAAGCAAAUAUUAGUGGAUGAGAACAAAAAGCUUAAUUCAAAUAAUGUGUUUUUGACAGAUUCAGUUAACCGAUUACAAAGUGAAAGAGCUAAUUUGGAAGCUGAAUAUGAAACACUCCGAACUAAGCAGGAUGCUCUUAAUCAGUGGGAAUUACAACUUUCUGAAAUUAUUCAAUGGGUUAGUGACGAAAAGGACGCCAGAGCCUAUCUUCAAGCUUUAGCUACCAAAAUGACUGAGGAAUUGGAUUAUCUUAAACAUGCAGGUGCAUCGAAUACCAUUGGUGGCGCAGAUAAGAAUUGGAGAAACAGAAGAUCUCAAAAACUUGACAAGAUGGAAUUACUUAACUUACAAAGUUCAUUACAAAGUGAAAUACAAGCAAAGCAAGCAAUUAGCGAGGAUCUUAGUAAGACCAGAGAAGCUCUUUUAGCGGCACAAAAGGAUCUUCGCGAAAACCGACAACGAAAUGAAGCCUUAGCGCUAGAACUGAAACGAAAAGAGAAACAUAUCAAAGACCUUCAAAACCGGCUCGAUUCUGAUGGAUUUUUGGAGCGUCCUUCAUCGCAGAUGUCUUAUUUAGAACAAUUUCUUAAGGAGACGAAUUCUCAAUCUCAGAAUGUGUAUGACAACGUGUCUGCUCACCAAAUUUAUCAAGGGACGUCAAUAGAGUCAGAGGAAGGCGAUAUCGAAGACAAUAGGGCACCUAGUAUAGUUAGUUCUAAAAGUAAUUUAUCUGAACUCAGUAUGCGUGAAUCUCAAUCGCCAAUGAAACACAAGGCUCACCAAUUUUUGGUCAGAACAUUUUCUAGUCCAACAAAAUGUAGUCAUUGUACAUCUUUAAUGGUGGGAUUAAUGAGACAGGGAAUGGUUUGUGAAAUUUGUGGAUUUACUUGUCAUACUGCAUGUUGUCCACAUGUACCAGCAGUAUGUCCUGUACCGCCUGAUCAAACCAAAAGACCUCUUGGGAUUGAUCCAACGAGAGGUAUUGGAACAGCCUACGAAGGAUACGUUAAAGUUCCCAAACAAGGAGGCGUUAAAAAAGGUUGGGUGCGUCAAUUUGUGGUGGUCUGUGAUUUCAAGUUGUUCUUAUAUGAUAUAUCAGCGGAUCGCAAUGCCUUACCCAGUGUUCAUGUAGCUCAGAUUCUGGAUAUGAGAGAUCCACAAUUUAGUGUCAGUAGUGUUAGGGAUUCUGAUGUAAUUCAUGCUAAUAAAAAGGAUAUUCCAUGCAUUUUUAAGAUAACAACGUCAUUAAUGGAACCACCUGGUCCAAGAAAUGCAAUGUUAAUGUUAGCAGAUUCCGAAGCGGAGAAGAAUAAAUGGGUAGUUGCUUUAGCUGAAUUACAUAGAAUUAUGAAAAGAAACAAUUUACCUAAUACCAUAGUGCUUUUAGCUAGAGAAUUAAUAGAUAACUCUCUAACAUUGUUGAAAAAUACUCUAAGUGCUGCCAUUAUUGAUCCAGAUAGAAUUGUAUUAGGAACUGAAGAAGGGCUGUAUUGUAUAGAUUUAGACAGAAGUGAGAUAGCUCGAAUAGGUGAAGCAAAGAAAAUUUUUCAAAUAGAAUAUAUAGUAGAAGAGCAUUUAUUGGUUGUUGUUAGUGGGAAGCAGAAGCAGGUGCGAUUAGUGCCUAUUAGGGCUUUAGAUGGUGAUGAAGUCGAAUGGAUUAAGGUGACAGAAAGCAAAGGGUGUUCUGUUCUUACAGUAGGGCCUAUUUUAAUGGCGCCACUUACUUUUGUUUUGUGUAUUGCUAUUAAAAAACAAAACUCUUCAGUGAUAGUUAUUUAUGAAAUUACGAGAACAAGAACGCGUCAUCAAAGAGCUCAUGAGAUUAGCAUUCCAAUUAAUGUGCAAUCGCUUCAACUUUUCUCUGACGGAAAAUUAUGCGUUGGAUCGCCAUCUUCUUUUACGAUAUAUAAUAUUCAAAGUGGAGAAUUAACUAUGUCUUUACUUCAUCCAGAAAAUCCACUUUGCGCUACGUUAUCAUGUAGUUCGGUCGAAGCUCUAAAAGUAAUAGAGUUGCCAAGAAGAGAAUAUCUUUUAGUUUUUAGUACUUUGGCUGCUUAUGUGGAUAAGCAUGGUCGUAAGUCCAGAGACCGAGAGAUAAUGUAUCCUGCGGUGCCGACAGCAGUUGCUUACAGAGAUGGUCAUUUAGUAGUCUAUAGUGAAACUCAUAUAGAUAUAUUCAAUUGUGCUACUGGUGAAUGGGUCCAAACGUUAAAUAUUAAAAGAUCGAAACCUUUGAAUGACAGUGGCAGUCUGUCUUUGUGUGUUUUACACGAUUUACCUCACCUUUUAUAUUUGUCAAAUGUUCAUCAGCGAGAGUUAAUUAAUUUAGAAAACAUAGUAAGUUUGGAUAAUGAAGGCAGAGUUAUACAAAAACCUAGAAGAAGGUUUUCUCUUAGAGAAGGAAACCGUUCAAGUAGAUUAAAUACCGAUAGAUUAUCCAAGCUAAUAUCAGCUCCCACCAAUUUUAACCACAUAAGCCAUGUGGGACCAGGUGACACUAUUCAGCAACAGAGACUGAUUGACUUACCUACUUCUUUAGUUGAUCAACAUUCCGACCAAAUAUCAUAUGGUGCACCAGCUAUUCAAGCUAGGCCGAUCAAACAGGCUCCCUUACCGCCUGUUCCGUCUGGUAAACAGCGUCCCUGGUUAGAAAUUUCCAACCCGAUGCCUAUACGUACCCAACCACCCAGCUAUAAUGGUGCGAAAAGAGCAGCACCACCGCGGCCGCGAGAUUUGCCGCCAGCUCUGCCUCGUCCAACUGAAACGUCGCUUUCACCGGAUCCAGCUAGUAUAGGAAGUAUGUCUUCCUUACAUGAUAUGAUUAAGGCAACGGAAAACAGAAACAGCCCUCGUCAUUCUAUAGCAAGCAACAACAGUUCAAAUAUAUCUACGCCGCCUUCUCCUCAUGCAGACCAUCACAGUUCAAGCUAUGACAGUUAAAAGGAGAUAAGUAAUAUUGCAUACGAACAUUUUUGGUCUAAAAAAUUAAUACUUCAAAAUUUGUAUAAAAUUUUAUUCUCUAACGUAUUUACUUGUAUUUAAAUCGACUACAUUAGAAUAAAUCGUUCAUUGAAAUCGUUUUCUUAUAUAUUUUACUAAUCGGUAUUUCAUACAAAGGAACAUUUUAUUUACUGAAUUAGUAACAUUGAUAAUUAGAAAAUCCGAACUAAAUAAAAGUUAAAAUGUUUCUCAAAAAAUAUUAAAAUAUUGUAUUUCCGAAGAGUUUGAAUUUUGAAAAUUACACUAAUGUGUAGUUUUCAGAAUAUGUAAUAAUAUAGUAAAUACUUUAAAUAGUUACCUCAAAUUCAAGGAUUCAUAUUAUAAUUUUUUAUAUCAAAUCUUUUUAGAAUUUAAGACAUGGCGCUGUACUUAUUUUUUUUGUAUAUUUUUGUACCAUUUCAAAUAAUUUAUAAUUAUUUUAUUUACUAAUUGUAUUUAGUUAUCUAUUGUAUAUUCUGCAAGUCAAAUUAAAAUUAGUUAAAAAAGAACUAUUAUUGAAUACAACAAUAUUAUUAUUAGACAUAUAGGCAACGAAUAUUUGUUAAUAAUUAUUGUUUUUUUAAUAGUUUGAAAAAAAAUACAUGGUGAUGAAGAAAGUAUUGAUAUAUAUAU